AUGAAGUUAAUCCUCCUAUAUCUAUGCCUUGCAGGCAUAUCUUAUGCUGGUCCGCUGCGCAAGCCACGCAGGGCAGGAUAUGGAAGCGAAAGUGAAGAAAUGAUGCAAUUUAGUCCAUAUGGCUAUAUGCAUUCACCACAGGUUGCAGGUUCCUUUUAUGGCUAUCGUUCAAGUUACCCACAGAUGUUCUCCCAGUGGCCUAUAUUGCCUCUACAGAGAUUUUUCCCCUGGCCACAGCCAGCAUCACCUGCACAUCAGGCAGCCAUGCUUCCCCAGCAGAAGCCUCAACAAACUCCAGGAAUUAAGCAGCCCAACCAAAGGCCACAGUUACCACCACAGCAACCGAGAUAUCAGCAGCCACAACCAAAACAGCCACAAAAAACCAACCCAUCUCAGAUUCACCCACAAGUGCCAAUUCAGCAUCCUAAGGAGGGAAAACAGCAACAGCCCCAGGCCUUUCCUCCAUAUCCACAACAGCCGUGGCAUUUUCUACAGAUUUUUGGCCCAGGACACUUCCAACCACAACAGUUUGGCCCCUGACAGGGACAUAUGCCAUUUGGACAGCCACCUAUCAGCAAUGAAGAAGGGACUCCAUAUUUUGGAUAUGGCUACCAUGGGUUAGGAAACAGACCUCCUUAUUAUUCUGAAGAGAUGUUUGAACAAGACUUUGAGAAACCCAAAGAAAAAGACCCCCCUAAAGAGAAUCCAGCAGCAGAUCCUACAACGAAUUCAACAGUUUCAGACACAAAUUCAACCAUUCCAGCCAGCCAUGGAGGGAAUGCUACUCUUUCAGGACUCAGCACAACAAAUAAUGAGGCUAAUUUUCUAGGUCUUCCAGAUAAAUUUGCUAGUGGAAAUGGGAUCCCAACACCUUCUCCUACUGAUCUUAUGUCAGCACAAAAUGAAGCAGCACAGAAUGGAAUUAAUCAAUCAAAUUAUAAGCCUAAGUCUACAAAUGCCAAUGUUUUUCACAACGUAUUUUCAGUUAGUCAACAAUCCAGAGGACAUAGUUCAUAUAUUUAUAAACCCAACCCAGAUAUGGGUAAUACAAGACAGAAUACUUUAGUUUCUAGAGGAAAUCCAUCAAUACAAGCUGAAAACCCAACAGAGCCAUGGGUUUAUGGAGACAAUUCAAUUCACAGAGAUAAUCUUCAGAGACUUAACAGUAAUCAUGCAACAGCAAACAAUAGGCCAAACUCAUAUGGGCAGCAAGAGGAAUUCCAUUAUCCUGGAAAUAAUCCAUCAGGCUGGAGAGCUAAUCCUAGCUCUGGUUCAGGACCUCAGUGGAAUAGCAAUCUAGCAUACAGAGAUAGUAAACAACCUAGUUCUCCAUCAGAAAGCCAUUCUCUGUACAAAGUAGAAGAAAACACUGAUAUAUAUCAGCCUUCUACAAUGCAACAGGCAAAUGGACUUUCCCAUCAAGAAAUAUUUUUGGAUUCAAAGGGAACUCCAUUUGAAACAGAAACCCAUAAGAAUGACUGGAAGAAACAGUCCUUUAUUUAUCCAGAUCAUCAGAGAGGACAAAUUCCAUCUUUACAAAACCAAAUGUGCAACCAGAAAAAUUUAGACAUAGUUAAAGAACCUCCUCCAAAAUAUAAUUCAGUGUACUCCUCGUAUAAUUCUUUUCAUCAGCGGGGACAUUCUACUUAUGCUGAUAAGAAUUCUUACAGCCAACAAACUCCUUUUUAUCCCAGAGCAUGGGAGGACAAAGGGAACUUGCCCACAACAGAGCCUCUAGGGCAAAGGGAAAGGCCAUUUUAUUCCCCUGUUUUGCCUUCAAAUCCAGCACACAGGAGCACCUACCAUGGAAGCAUUCAGCAGGAGCAUGGACUAUAUUCCAGGCAAAAUAUAUGGCCCCAUGAAAAACAUUUGGCUAAUCUUGAUAGACAAUACCAAAAUCCUCCCUAUAAUCCAAGUGAGCAUCAUAUAAAUCCAAAAUAUUCUACAGAACAUCCAACCAAUGAAGGAGAUAAUUUGCCAUAUGAGGAAAUUAACAGAUGGAUCCCAGAACAUUCUCCAGUUCGUGGUCCAGAACAUUAUGAAAAUGUUCCAUAUCAUAUAAGCAAUACGUUUGGACACAGAGAGAGAAAUCUGCCACACCAAGGGCCAUACUCUUCACCACAAAGUAGUAAACUUUUCCAAGGAAGAUCACUUCAUGAUGAAAGAGACACAUGGCCCCCCGAAAUGGUUGACCCAGCUGCUCCCAAAGAAACUUCAUCCUACUUUAAUACUUACUCCACAAACUUCAGAAGAAACCCAACACAUACAGAUGAUACAUGGAGAGCCAUACAUAUGGGUAUACCCAUUUCAAGUGAUAAUGCUCCUGGAAGGAGAAAUUAUCCUAACACAGGAGGACAUCCAGAUGAUUACCCAAGAGAACAUGAAACCAUCACCUCCCAACCUACUGUCAACUAUUUUUGCUGUACAGGUGAGUCCCCAGGGGCAAAUGAAAAUAUACUGGCACCUCUGAGAACUGCACCUCAAUUCAGGCUGGCUUUGCGGGAACAAAAAGGAAGUCCAACCAAUCCAGAAGGCAGCCAUGCCUUGUAUGCCAGGCAUCCCCCAUACCUAGCGGGCAUGUUCCAUAAUCAUUGGAACAAUUCUUUGAAGUCUGGAGAAAGUUUUCCUAAUCACAGAGAAAAUCCAGGUGGCUUUGGGAAAGAAAUAGCAGAUCUAGAGAAGGGUCCUCCAUGCUCCAAAUCUCAGUUAGGCCAAGUAAGUGAUCAUGAUACUACCUCUGAAACUGGAUUAUUUCCUUCCAAGAGUAUACUUUGCUCUAGAAAUAGCAUCAGAGGGGAUGGACAUACUGUUCUUGCCCAUAUCAUGGGGGUGAAUCAGCCCAAGAGACAGUUUGAAAGGGCAACUUUAAGGUUCCCACAACCACAAGGGAUAAGAAAUGACGCUGUUGUUAGUGAAAUUGAUAGGAAGGAAUUCCAUGGAACACAUGGGUUCAAGAGGACACCAUGCUUCGGAAGUUGGUUGGAGCAGCAUAUAUCCAGCACUGGAAUCCCAUUAGUGGAUCAACUUUCUGAUGUCUUUUAUGAAGAAAAUUCAGUGCAUACUGGAAAACCAAUCAUCAUGCUUCCUGAACCCCAGCCAAUCUCUAGCACAGUUCCAUCCCAUGAUAUAGGAGAAGAUCAAUUAAAAUUAAGUUCCCCAGAAGUAUUGGUGGGACAACCAAAUGAAAGGAUAACAGAUAGUUUACUACUCCAAAAUAAGUAA